AUGUCCCGACCACUUCAAUUACCCCCUCCAACGACCACCCUUGGCCUCUAUCGACAGCUCCUCCGCGAAUCGUCAUACCUGCCUUCGCUGGCCCGUCCACAUGUCGAUCACCAGAUCAAGGACCGCUUCCGUCGAUAUCAGAAGGGCCACGUUGACAAUGACCGCCUUCGAAAGAAGCUCAAGGAUGCCCAUCAUGAGCUCCGAGUCUUGCGCGCUGCCAAUGCCGGAGACAUGAACCGGAUGCAGAAGAUUCUGCUCAAAGCUUUUGGCCGCACUGGCAGUCGACGCCGGGACCUCUUUGGCAAUCUGGUACGACGCCCGCCCCCAGCUACCACCGAGGAACUGGAAGCACAAGUGAGCGGUACCCGAGCGUGGAGCUUUGAUAGGGACCCAGACUGGCUGGAUGGGUGGGAUACCGAGGCCCUUCUUGCAUUUGCCAAGGUCCAGGCAAAAACAAGUCUUCCAUCCUCUCCCAGAGGGCCCCUGCUUCCCAAGCACGCCGUCUCGCCAGACAAGAAUAUCCCAAAGGAGAAUGUGUACGGCAAUCCGUUCCCGGAAAAGGUGGCGAGAACGAAGGUCAGGAAGCUAUAUGCCAGCCUGGCCGACCGAGUACUUCCUCCGUUGCCGGAAUCCGAAUGGGACAGGCUUGCUCUGGUGGCCGAAGGGAAAUUUGAAGAGGCCGGAUGGUACGUACCCUCUCGGAGGUCUGCCGCGAAGAGUUUGGCAGGAGAUGCCGACGCGCAAGCAGGCGAGUGGAAAUGGCAGCUCUACGCUACGAGGCCGGUUGGCCUGGUUGAUGUUGCACAAAAUAAGAAGCAAAGGUUGCUCAGCGGGGCUUUGGAUGAGAACACGCCACACGGGAACACUCAGCCAGUGGACCGUCACAUAUACACAGCCAAAUUCUGGAAACGUCUCGUCAAGUCGAUAUGGCUCCUCACUGCAAAGGGGACGCGCGACCCAGAAAAGGGUGGCUAUCGUGUCACUUGGGCGAGGGCACCUUUCCAGGCUCCAACAGCAACAACCUCUGGGAUGGAAUUUUUUGAGUCCCUGCCAGUCGACGCAUCGCUCAGCAACAAAACCAAGGGCCCAAAAAAGAGGGGACGGAAAUCGGCACGAUAA